AACAGUACAGCUUGUAUAUUCUCUGUUUUCCUGAUUAAAAUAAUAAUUAUGAUAUAUGAUAAUAAUAAUCAACAGUGAAACGAACGGCUGAUUCCAACCGGGAUAAAGCAAAAUGGAACGCCGCGACGCUGUUGCCAUGACGACGCAAACAGUUGAGCCUGGACUUUAAAACCAACAGUUCGGUAACUGAAGCCCACACCAAGAAAGUUCUGGUAUUGGUGCAUAGCUUCAUUAUUGUCAUAUAUUAAAAAAAAAAAAAAAGAAAACCCAAACAACAACAAUGAUUCCACCAGCCGACUCUCUUCUGAAAUACGACAAUCCAAUUUUGGUCACCAAAAGCACAGACAGAAAGUCGCCAAAGGGACGCCCUUUGAGAGUGAGCCCUCAGCAGCCUGCUAACUCUACCCCCGUUCCACCACCUCCUAAACAAAAAGCCUCUGAGGCCACCAAGCAGGAAAAUGAGGAGAUUCUUAACACCAUGCUUCCACCCAGGGAGUGGAAGGAGGGAAACCAACUGUGGGUGCAACAAGUGUCAAGUGCACCUUGUACCAGAACCGAUGUUAUUCACCUAGAGGAGCUGCUGGACACAAAGAUACAGCAAAGGCAGGCCAGAGAAACAGGAAUCUGUCCCGUCCGCAGGGAGCUCUAUUCCCAGUGCUUUGAUGAGCUGAUCAGACAGGUGACCAUCAACUGUGCUGAGAGGGGUCUGCUGCUGUUGCGGGUCAGAAAUGAGAUUCAGAUGACUAUUGCUGCCUACCAGACACUGUACGAAAGCAGCGUGGCUUUCGGUAUGAGGAAAGCACUGCAGGCUGAACAGGGCAAGGCUGACACGGAGAAAACAAUAUCUGAUCAAGAAAACGAGAUACAAGACCUGAAGAAACAACUGAACGAACAGAAAGCGAAAUGCGAUGCAAUUGAAAAGAGAGAAAAUGAAAAGCGACAGGUGGAAGAAAAGAAGCACGCUGAAGAGAUACAGUUCCUAAAGAGAACCAACCAGCAGCUCAAGAACCAACUGGAAGGGAUCAUUACACCAAAGAAGUAACAUCGACAAACAAAAACCAAGUGGCCAUUUCCCAGUACAGACUGUUACUACAUUUAUCUUUGUGUUUCUAAAUGAUAUCAAUUCAUGUAAACUUGGCAAGAAUGUAUUUAGCAAAUAUUUUAUUUAAUUUUUUUUUAACAGCAAGGCAUGACAAGUACAGUGGAAACAAUGACCGUACAUUUCUCUUGAACAUCAAGAGAACAUUACACCUGUAUGUAAAAGAUGAAUGAAAUGUCAUUCAAAAACAGCUCUGGGUUGAAGAGGAAAAGAAA